AUGCGGUACUGUCUCCUUCUGGCAGGCUUGAGCCGCCUCAGCCGCGCUUACGCUCAAGACGACUGUCACGCAGGUGAGCUACAGCUGCUGCAACGCAAGCUGGAUCUCGAGACUUCGGUGGCGAGUUCCACGGAGCCCUUGGUCUUGCCACAGCUUCGAGCUGCCGAACCCAUCAAGUGGCUGCACAUCCCCAAAUGUGGAACCUCCUUCUUGAAUGCCUUGAUUCACCUACCAUCGGUUUGCCCUGGUGUGAACGCAUCUUACCGCGUGGAUGACAAAGUGCUUGGCAAGCACUUCGAGGAGGAGUUCUUUCGCGAGUGCCCCGAGGUCUGCAAUACAAGCAAGUUCAACUGCGACUACGGUCACCAUGAAGGCAUCGGAACAAGCUACGAGAUGGAGCUGAAAGGUCACCUGGUGACCAUGCUCAGGGAGCCAAAGCAACGCAUCCUCUCAGCGUUUCAUGAUCCAGUCUGGACACACGGCGUUGCCGGUGAAAGCGCGGCCAGCUAUGCGGAGAAGCAGCGAGGUGGCAUGACGUGUCAAGUGAUGCGCGACGGCGACAUGGACCCACCGCCCAAGGAGUGCCAUGAGCUGACAGAGGCCGACGCGAGAUUGGCAGCAGUCAGGCUGCGGGAGGGGUUUGCGUUUGUCGGGAUCACGGACGAGUGGGACUUGUCCAUCUGUUUGCUCCACCGCAUCUUCGGAGGAGAUUGCCUGUUGUCCGACUUCGAGGACAACAGACCGAGCGUGGAGGGCGCCAAGCACUAUCACAUCUACAAUAUCUUAGAACUGGAGGGCUAUGAAGAUCCCGUGGACCGCAUCUUGUACAACGAAGCCAAACAGAUAUUCUUCGAGAAGCGCCUGGCCUACAAUGCGACCCCGGCAUGCAAAACAUCGGAUUCGGGCUUUGGCUUGUGA